ACCAUCAUUGUGAAUGGAUUGUGAAAAAUCUGUCGCGUAAAAUUUACUCCUCUACGCUGUUGCAAAAUAACACGACGAGGCUUUUUUUUGUUGAGGGAAACUAUUGUUUCGGGAUAUAAAAGAAACCCGUUUCUUGUACUCUUGAUCGCGGGAAGAGAUUCAAAAGUCCGUUGUUGGUGGACCCGUUCACCGGAAGUCGGGGGCUUGGGAACCAAUCUAGUGUGGAUGCAAGUGUUGGGCUGAAAUUGCAGGCGAGGAAAAAUCGAGUGAAAUUUAUUUUGAACGCGAUAAAAGUGCACCACCAUCAUCAAUCGUUGCAGGCCUGAAGAUUUUUUUUUACUAUUAUUGGCUGGUCCUCCGCGCUCAGCAACAAGAAAGUGCGAUUUUGUUUUUAAAAAUCUGUAGGUAUUUGAUCAGGUCUGGGCGCCUACAUUUUGUUGUGAUUUUGUGUUUUAUGUUCCAAAAAGCCAUUCGAGAAGAUUCAGCGCAGUGCUUGUGAUGGAAAAAAAAUCCCAUUCGCUGAAAUUGAUGUGAAAUUUAGGAUGAGUCCAACGCUUCCGAGAAAUCACGGAAGAAUAGUUUGACGCACAAAGAAACUCGACGCGAUAACGCGAUACCAUAUUAAACCCGUGAUUGCGGAACUUGUUUGGGAGGCAAACGAAUCCAGAGAGCCCCGUGACCAUCAUCGUCGUCCUGCUGCGGGCGAUUGUGAAAAUCGAAAGGAAAACAAACUCGCCAAUCAAACGGAUACAUCUACGAGAAAUCCGCUGGGAUCUACCAAUGGAUUCUCUACGGAAAUGGCUGAACAAACCUAAGGCCGACGACAAAUCCCUGCUGGCGCGGUUCUACCAUGCCGAUCGAGCCCUGACGGCGGUGGCCAGCGAGCUCGACAGCUUCGAUGGCCGCGCUGAACCCGUACGAUGCACUAGACUGGUGGGGCGACUCCGACAGGGGCAGGACCGGGUGCUAGCCAUCAUGAAUCAGAUCAUGGACGAGCUGCUGGCAGACGACCGAGCGCCCCGUGCCUUUCGGGCAAAAUUUCCGGAGGAAGUGCUGCAGGAAAGUUUGGCCGGUCAGCUGUGGUUUGGGGCGGAAUGUUUGGCUGCCGGAUCGUCUAUUAUGAACCGAGAGGUCGAAAGUGCAGCCAUGCGCCCGCUCGCCAAAGCAGUUACAAAAAGUUUGGACAACGUUCGAAACCUGCUCAGAGAACAGUGUCUGAGAAACAACAUUCCCAACAGCCAAACGUUGCGACUUGACGUGAACGAUGCGGCCACAGAGCAGCUGUAUGAGAGUUUGAAAAUCUUUGACUUGCUGUUUGCCGAAUUUGAGCUACUGUAUGUCAGUGCCAUGGUCCAAGUAAAAUCGAAACAGGAAUAUGAAAUGCAGGAGCUGAUUUGUGUCCUAUUUUCGGAGACACUCCAACGAGCGUUAAAAGUUGGCCUGCUGGAACAGGAACAGGUAGACUCGUACGACCCGGCUCUGAUGUUUUCGAUUCCGCGGUUGGCCAUAGUGGCCGGGUUAGUGAUCUUCGAGGAAGGACCACUCAACAUGGACCAACCGGCUGACAAUAUCUCCGAGAUGUUCAGACCAUUCCGAAAGUUGCUGAUCAAGAUGCGAGAUCUAUUGCGCGACCUGACCAAGCACGAGUUAUACCAGCUGGAAAAACUGCUCUGCACCAACGAGGAGAUCAAUCUGAAAGAACAACUAAUCUGUGAUGAUAACGAAAGUAAUGAUAAAAGUGGAACUUCGCCCCUGCGAGCAGAGGAUGUAGUUAGCCGUAGCAAAACUAAUGUAAAUAGUACUAAUUCUAAUAAUAACCCUUAUAAUCAAGACGACGAUGAACUUUCCGGUGGUGGCCAGAUAACUAGUAGUAUAUAUAAUACUACCAAUUGUACUGUAGAUAGGAUCGCGGAAAGGCCUUCUAAUGGGUCCGAGGAAGACGACGACGAUGACGAGGAUUCUCCUAGUAAUAGUAUUUUAAAGGAUGGCCUGGUCACAUCCGAUUGUGCUUCGGGAUAUUUGAUUCCAAACACCAAUUUUGGCAAUCUACUUCAGACGAACGAAGCCCCGUUGACCGAUAGUUUUAUAGUGACCGAUGAAGACAGCGAUCUGAAAAUACCAAGUUCAUCCCACGCCCGGAUCGAGCAAAUACUUUCGGAAACCAAUCAAAAGCUAUCCGACUCCGGCCACGGAACGGCCAAUCCUAGUAUAGACCAUUCUCCAGAACUGGAAACGGAACGCCCUGUAACGGCACGUAAAAUUAGUCAUUCGUCUUCGUCCUCCUCCGCUUCCUCAACUACGUCGUCGGAAGAGGAAGGCGAGGUGGAAGAGUACCAGCACCAUGAAAGAGUGUCAAAGGGAAGCAUCCGAAAACCGCAGCUGCACCGGCAACGGAAGCACUACACGAAGCACCGAUCUGCUACUAGUUCAGUAGUUGGCGCCGGAACAACUGGCCAGGGAUCAUCGAAAUCAAAAUACUCAAGCUGUGAUAAAUCGCCAACCUCCCCAUCCACCUCCUCAACUUCGUCAUCCUCGUCAGCAAUGCAGGAGCCAACAGGAGAAGGCGUCAGUGGGUCGACCGCCGAAACACAGGAGGUGGCGAUGGCCAUCCGGGCUGCCGGACGAAUUAAGUUCAAAUCGACGGAAAACCUCCUGCACAGAUUGUUUGUUUGCAUCGCUGGUGUGGCCGAUCAGUUGCAGACGAAUUUUGCGGCCGACCUGCGCCAGAUGCUGAAGAGUGUGUUUGUGAUCAACUCGUCGCCUCCUGAACCGGAAGAACCACCCGAAGAAGUGGGCCAGGCUAGUUCGGGUUCGACGACGGCGGACAAACCCAAGGAACCAGACCCGACCGAGCUGUUUGAGUUUCGAGCAUCGGAGCAGGAUGUUAUUACUCCGGGCCAAAACAGCGGUGGUUCUAGCCAGAGCAUUUAUUCGGCCGAGGAAGUCAACGCGGAAGAUCCACGAGAGGAAGACUCGGUGUUCCACUCACCGAGCAGUUCCCCGGUACGUGCAUCGUCUGCUCCGCGGACAAUGAUGACGAGCAGUAGCAGUACGUCGGAGAACGGCAGUGUCACAGUGAAUGUUUCGGUUUCGGUAGUCACCGGAGGAGGAAGUUCCGGGGGAUCGAGUCGAAGCUCCCAAGAACGGAGCGUAAGUUUAAGUGAGGCGUCGAUUGUGGUGGAAGGUGGAGGUGGAGGAACUGGAACCGGUAUUGGAUCAGGGCAGACCAACUUGAGGGACAGCCACCGCAGGCACAGUGCAAUCGGAACGAAGACUGAGUAUGCCCGUAGUCGAUCUAGUCCCAGCAGCCCAGUAAAUGUUGGCGGAGGAAUAGUGCUGCCAGAGGAACGUCGGAUGCCAGAAGCACCACCACGUUGGAUUCCGGACGGCGAUGCUCCUCGUUGUAUGGCUUGUGCGUCAUCCUUUACGCCCUUCCGGCGGAGGCAUCACUGUCGCAACUGCGGCGGAGUGUUUUGUGGCGUUUGUUCUAGUACUUCGGCACCACUGCCCAAAUACGGACUAACCAAGGCGGUGCGUGUUUGUCGGGACUGUUAUGUGCGCGAGGUGGGCGUGUGAAUUUUCCAAGGUUUGUUUUAAUUUUUCUUUCUUUUUGUGACGACGAUUUUUCCAUAUUAUCGAAUUGUAUAAAUGUAAAUCUGUAGAUAGGACAAAUUAAUCAAGCAAGCUUGAAGCUCUUUGAUGAAAAAUAUCUAUUUUGAUCUGUUAUUCGUUUUCAUAUAGUGAAUACAUUAUGUCUUACAUUUUAUAAUAAACUUACGGGACGACGCUGAAAAAAUGCAAAAGAAAUUUGUUAGAAACUAAACAAAAAAAUUUCUCUUCAUUCAGCCGAUUACCCACACUCAACCACUAUAUCGAACUUAUGAUAAACCGGAAACAACAAGUUCACAUAUUCCAUUAUAGUUAAAGAAUUGAUGAUAGCAUAAAAGUAACUAAUUGUUGAAAGACGGUGGCAGGUAAAGUUGUGUUCAUUUAGCGAAAUUAUAACCUGUCCUUUGUUUUCUUAACGAGCCUUUUUUUUAAAAAAAAAGCUAGCCUCUUCUUUUGUGCUAUUGCUUCAUUCUACCAAUUUCUGUUAGAUUUUUUUUUGCAUUUUCUUUGCUAAUUUUUUUGUGUAUCUCUCAAGAUUGUGACAUCUGUCUAGCCAAUGAUUUUUAUCUCCACGAUGCUUCCUUCUGUUAUUUGAUUUAGGCAGAUGAAUACAUGUAUUUUGGAUUCAAGAUAUAUACCUUUGUUUAUCUCGAAUCAGAAAGCAAGCAAUCGUUGUUAAAUUGCAAGUUAAGAACAAAAUCAGGAGAUCUUGACUAGAAAUUAAAACUAUUUAAACUAAAAAUAAACAAUUUUUCGUUUAGAUUCAAUUAUUCAUCUAAAUCUCAUAUGCCAAACACUUGUUACAUUCCCUCAGUUAUCAUCGUUUGAUAAAGGCACGAAGCUAAAUCGAAGUUGUGUUUUUAAAUGUACAUCGUAAAGAAUAUUUAACGUUCGCUCAAAAGAAACUUGAAUGCCAUCGCCUUACAUGUUAGCAAAGUAUGAAUUUGUUAAUUUCCGUUGAAAAGAAAAUUUCAUCUUUUGUUUUCCUGAACGAAAAGAAGCAAAACAGUUCGCAAACCUUUGACGAAGAUGAGCAGAACAACUUGCUUCCUAAACCAAUCUAAACAAAUAUAGGAAGAACCCGACACCUCCACGAAAAAUGAAUGCAUCAGUAUCACGAGUUAAAUAGAGCACAAUAUGUCUGCUGUUUUUUAGAAGCCAUGUAUGGUUCUACAAGAGUAAAAAAAAACAUACACAUCAUUGAGCGCUUAAGCUUGUAAAAAAUCUAAUAAAAACAUUAACAUUGGAGUGAUAUCUUUUUUUAUAAGAAUACUAAAGCUUAAAGUAUAUUAGAAAUCGAGACAAAAAUCGUAUAUAUAUUUUUUACAAACGGAUUCACUGUAAACACCCUUUAUGAUAUAUUGUACUGUGAAUAUGAUAAGCGUUGCUAUGUAAGAAAUGAGAAAAAAAGCAGCAAAGGACAUUACAGAAAAAGAAAUGAUCAGUGAUAAUUAGUAAACAUGCAAAGAACGUUCACCAAAAAAAAACAAAAACUUGAGAUGCGAAUAUGAAACGGACGCCAAUACGGAUUUGUUCGUUCAAAUAAAUUAUCUUUAAACAAAACACCAUGCAUCCAUACACUUUUGCAAAACUAACUCCGAUGAGUGUUCAAGGUUAACGUGCCGCCGGGAGACAACGAGGCGUUCCGUGACUCUAACAUGCAAAAAAGUCAUCCCUCUCCCUCUACGUUUUAAAGUGUGUUUUUGUAAAUAAAUGCCACAGCAGCAGUAAAAGAGCAGCAUCGAAACAGGUGAUUGAAAAUGUUAAGGAAAGAAACAUUAUGCUAGGAUGCAAAUAAAGUACAUGCAUAUAUUUGAAACAUCA